CGGAAGCAGUGUGACAGUUGGCUAAAAAAAGACUUCAAAAGGCUGUAGACCUUUAAAAAGUCAAGUUUUUUUUGUUUAAAUCAUCAAUAUAUAGUAUAGUACAUAAAUAUUUUUUGAAUCUUCUAUUAAUUUGUUGUUUACUAAUUAUAACGACUAAAUUAGAUGAAAAAUUCAUGAUUGGUAUUUCAAACCAUUUUUUUGCCUGAAUUGAAAUCAUUGUAUUGCAUUGUCGAUAAAGUAGUAUACUAAACAGACAUCCCUAUUUCUAAUGAUAGGCAGCUGGCAUUCGGCAAUAUGGCUGUAGCUUCCGAGUUUCGCUGCUAGUUCGCGGUGCUCGUAUCGUUUCCAAUACAUCGUAGUAUUUCCGACGGCUUCAAAGUUUCACUUUUUAUUUUUUUAGUGGAUAACGUUACUUUUUAUCAUCUUUUAAUAUUAGUUUGUAUCGGGAAAAUAUCAGUUUUUCAUUUCCAUCGUCACCAAAUUCAUGCGACGACAAAAUGGCGUCGCUUGACAAGAUUUUCCUGCAAAUUUAUUUUGGAUUUUAUUGGUGUACAUAAAUAAUACAUUAAAAAUUGUUGCACAGAAUGAUUUUUAUAACUUUUUCCCGUUGAAAUAUUAAAUUUUUGCGAUUUUUUCUUCUUCAUUCUUCAUGUAACAGUGUGUUCCUUGAAUUAACUACAAAAUGCUCCAGAAAGGAUUUAUGCAUGAAUCUGGAAGUGAGUCAGCUAGUGAAAAGGGCAACUCGAGUGGUUCCGGUUCAGGGAGUGAAAGUGAAAGUGGAUCUAGUUCUUCAGGAUCUGGGUCUGGAGGUAGGUCAGGAUCUGAAAAAUCUUAUAUUGCUGACAGAUCACAUCAUAGUGAUGAUACAAAGUCUUCACCAAAACACAGUAAUGCCAAUUCAUCAAAAUCUGAUCAUCACACUGACAAGGAUACCUCAGAUGAUGAUUCACCAUCAAAACCCAGAUCUAGAGCUAGUCAUGGUAGAGUUAAGUCAGACCUGUGGGAAGAUAAUCCUGAUAUAUAUGGAAUCCGAAGAUCUGGCCGGUCUAGGAAAGAACCAGAUAGACUUAAACUCGCAGACAGUGAUUCAAGUGAGCGAGGGAGGCCACAUAACAGAAAGAGCAGGAAAAAAAGUGAUUCCUGGAAUUCAAACACAUCUGAUAGUGAGAGUGACAUGAAUGGUUCCCCACCUCCUCCUUCAAAAAGACCAGGCCAAAGAAGUAUACCUCUCAGAAAAAAGAAACCUGCAAGACGAAGAAGAUUUACUAGUGAAGAAGAUGAAUCUACAGAAGCUUCAGAUGAAGACGCUAAGAGUAGAACAGCUACACGACGCACUGGUGCUGCUGUUAGUUAUAAAGAAGCAAGUGAUGAACAAACUGAUUCGUCUGAUCUUUUGGAAGUCGAAGGUGAAGGUGAUGUUGAACCGGAACCAGAAGACCACAGUGAGACUAUUGAGAAAGUUCUUGGACACCGAAGGGGGAAAAAAGGAGUCACUGGGAAUGUGACUACCGUUUACUAUAUAGAAGAAAAUGGAGAUCCUAAUGAAGGAUGCAAUCCAGAUGAUGAUGAAACCACAGAACCUCAGUACCUGAUUAAAUGGAAAGGGUGGUCACAUAUACAUAAUACAUGGGAAUCAGAGGCAUCACUCAAUGAACAAAAAGUCAAAGGACUUAAGAAAUUAGAGAAUUACAUUAAGAAAGAAGCUGAACUGUCUUGGUGGAGAUCACAAGCAGGACCUGAAGAUAUUGAUUACUUUGAGUGUCAGUCUGAAUUACAACAAGAAUUGGUUAAAACAUAUAAUAAUGUGGAGAGAAUAAUAGCUGAGCAAACUCGUGAAUUGGAAAGUGGGGCUACAGCACAUGAGUAUUUUUGCAAAUGGGAAUCAUUACCAUAUGCUGAUGCAACAUGGGAAGAUUCUUCUUUGAUAGAGAGGAGGUGGCCUGCAGAAGUAGAGCAUUUCAAACAUAGAGAAGCUGCUAAAACAACACCUUCCAGGCAUUGUCCUGUAUUAAGAAGAAGACCCAAGUUCCAUCCGGUUAAAGAGCAACCUGAAUAUAUGGGAAAAGAUGAGACUUAUUUUUUGAGAGAUUACCAAAUGGAUGGUUUGAACUGGUUAAUACAUUCCUGGUGUAAAGAUAAUUCUGUUAUUCUUGCCGAUGAAAUGGGUUUGGGGAAAACUAUACAGACAAUAUGUUUUUUAUACUACCUCUUUAAAUCACAACAACUUUAUGGACCAUUCCUUUGUGUUGUGCCUUUGAGUACAAUGACUGCUUGGCAGAGAGAAUUCCAACAGUGGGCUCCUGAUAUAAAUGUUGUUACAUAUAUAGGUGAUGUAACAAGUAGAGACAUUAUCCGACAGUUUGAAUGGAGUUUUGCUAGUUCAAAGAGGCUAAAAUUUAAUGCCAUUUUGACAACAUAUGAAAUUUUGCUAAAAGAUAGACAAUUCCUUAGGUCAUUUAGUUGGGCAUGCCUAUUGGUAGAUGAAGCUCAUAGAUUAAAAAAUGACGACUCAUUGUUAUACAAGGCUCUUAAAGAGUUUGAAACAAAUCAUAGACUGUUAGUAACUGGUACCCCUUUACAAAAUUCAUUGAAAGAGUUAUGGGCCCUUUUACAUUUCAUAAUGCCUUAUAAAUUUGAGACUUGGGAGGAGUUUGAAAAAGAUCACGAAGAUGCUGCUACAAAGGGAUAUGAAAAAUUACAUAAACAAUUAGAACCUUUCAUAUUAAGAAGGCAAAAGAAAGAUGUAGAAAAGUCAUUACCUGCAAAAGUUGAACAAAUAUUAAGGGUAGAAAUGACAUCAAUACAAAAACAGUACUAUAAAUGGAUAUUAACAAAAAAUUAUAGUGCCUUACGGAAAGGCGUUAAGGGCUCUAUAAAUACAUUUAUAAAUAUUGUGAUAGAAUUAAAAAAAUGUUGUAACCAUGCACUUUUGACAAAGCCUGAAGAUUUUGAAUCUAGAGCUUCACUUGCAACUACCGAUGCUGUGGAGAAACUAUUAAGAGGCUCAGGAAAAUUACUACUGUUAGAUAAACUUCUCUGUAGGCUAAAAGAGACAGGCCACAGAGUACUUAUUUUCUCACAGAUGGUGAGAAUGUUAGACAUACUGGCAGAAUACUUACAGAGAAGACAUUUUCCAUUCCAACGACUCGAUGGCAGUAUAAAAGGCGAAAUUAGAAAGCAAGCUCUAGAUCAUUUUAAUGCUGAAGGUUCUCAAGAUUUUUGUUUUUUGUUGUCGACGAGAGCUGGUGGACUCGGAAUCAAUUUGGCAACAGCAGAUACUGUCAUCAUUUUUGAUUCUGAUUGGAAUCCACAAAAUGAUUUACAAGCUCAGGCUCGCGCACAUAGAAUAGGGCAAAAAAAUCAGGUUAACAUUUACCGAUUAGUCACAGCAAGAUCUGUCGAAGAGGACAUAGUGGAAAGGGCGAAAAGAAAGAUGGUGUUAGAUCAUCUUGUGAUACAGAGAAUGGAUACCACUGGGAGAACAGUGCUCAAUAAACGUGAGGCCUCUGCGACUACGGCCAAUAACCCAUUCAAUAAAGAAGAUUUAAAUGCAAUAUUGAAAUUUGGUGCUGAAGAAUUAUUUAAAGAUGAUGAUGAAAAUGAUGAGGAUCCUGUCUGUGAUAUUGAUGAAAUUUUGCAACGUGCAGAAACCCGUGAUGAAGGUCCUACUAUGGCAGGUGAUGAGUUGUUGUCUGCUUUCAAAGUAGCCAGUUUCGCCUUUGAUGAAGACAAAGCAGUAAUGGAAGUCAAAAAAGAGAAUGCUGAAGAAGAGAGCAAAGAUUGGGACGAUAUAAUUCCUGAAAACGUCCGAAAAACUAUUGCGGAAGAGGAGAAGAACAAAGAGAUGGAAGACUUGUACUUACCACCAAGGAGGAAGAAUUUACAACAAAAUACAGAUGCAAAGGGAGGCCGCAAACGGCGCGGUCGUGGGUCGGGCGAGGGCGACGGCGAUGGCGCGGACGGCGAGGGUGACGCGGAGAGCGAUGCCUCGGACGGAGACGCGAGCGCCGACGACGACCGCCCCAGGAAGCGGGGCCGCCCGCCCGCCUCGCACCGGGAGAAGAUCAAAGGCUUCACUGACCAAGAGAUUCGCAAGUUCGUUAAAAGUUACAAAAAAUUUUCUGCACCUUUGAAACAUCUCGAUAGCAUAGCAUGUGAUGCAGAACUUCAAGAAAAACCAUUAAACGAAUUGAAAAAACUAGGCGAAAUCUUAGAAGAAAGAUGUAAAGCUAUGCUUAAUGAGACUGCAGAAAAAACAAGCGAACAAAAUGAUGGUCGUAAGAAUGUGAGAAAAAGCUUUAAGCUUGGUGGUGUACCUGUUAAUGCUAAGACUUUGUCGGCUUGCUUAGAUGAGUUAGCACCUUUAGACGAAUUCUUGCCGCAAACCAAAGAAGAAAGGUUAAAAUGGCAGUUAGAUUUCAGAACAAGACCUGCAAACUUCGAUUGCGAAUGGGGUGUCGCCGAUGAUUCCAAGUUACUCGCUGGCAUUUAUCAAUAUGGUAUGGGUUCCUGGGAGGCUAUUAAAAUGGACUCUUCCUUUGAAAUAGGUGAUAAAAUACUAACAAACGAAGAAAAGAAACCUCAGGCUAAGCAUUUGCAAUCUAGGGCAGAUUAUUUGUUAAAAUUAAUUAAGAAGUUACUAGAUCAGAAGAAUGGUAAACAAAAACAAAGAAAGCCCCGAAUGAAACGUGGAGCUAAAGAACCUGUUACAAAAGAUAUUGUUGAAGAUGAUAUCAGCUCUGGAGAUGAGAACAAAAAAUCUAAUAAUAAGGCAGCAGCCAAAACUGACAAUAAGAGUAAAUUAAAAUUAGAUGAUAUAUCAACGCAUGAUGAAACUUCAAAUGAUAGAAAGGAAAAUCUCAAGAAACGUACAAAGAAAGAUGGUAAAGAUAGGAGUAAAUCAGAUAAAGUGAAAGGUCGUAAAAAACCUGAUGGCCCCAUGCAUUUUACAGCAAAUAAUGAACCACGGGCACUUGAGGUUCUUGGUGAUUUGGAUCCAUCAGUCUUUGAAGAAUGUAAAGAAAAAAUGAGACCCGUUAAAAAGGCUCUAAGAGCACUUGAUAAUCCUGACCAGACUUUGUCAGAAACAGAGCAGGUAACGAGAACUCGAACGUGUCUUACACAAAUAGGAAACCAAAUAGAUAUAUGCUUAGAAGCAUAUCCAGAUCCUGAGAAAAAAGUAGAAUGGAGAAGUAAUCUCUGGUACUUUGUUUCAAAAUUCACAAAUUUUGAUGCCAAGCAAUUGUAUAAAUUAUACAAAUAUGGACUGAAGAAGAGUGAAGGCAAACAGAAAGUUACAAAAAAACACAAAGAAAAUGCCAAGGUUAAUAAUAAGAACAACCACAAUGCUAACAAUCAUGUGAAGACCAAUAAAAAGGACCACAAACGUGAGGAAGUAAGUGAAGACAAAAAGAAGGAAAAGAAACCCAAGCUUGACAGAGAUCGAACAACAGACAGUAAAACAAAUGAUAAGACACCUAAUACUACGGGAGUAAAACGAAAGUUGGAAGAAGGGGAGUGCGAUCCAGAGCCGAGCGAGAACAAACGUCACGAGAGAGAUCGACGUUCGGAGCGCGACCGCGAGCGUGAUCGCGACCGGGAAAGAGAUCGUGAUCGGGACCGUGAUCGUGAUCGGGAAAGAGAUCGCGAUCGUGAUAGGGAUCGUUCGCGGACGCGGCGCGAUAGCGGAGGCGUGGGCCAGCAGCGUAUUCGCGCGCCUUAUACGAUGCCCCAUGCCGCUACUGCGCUGCAUCCGGAACAUUCCGCGCACCCGGCGUGGACAGCGCCCGCGUACCCGGGUCCCAGGCAGUACCGGGGCGAUCGGAACACCAGGCCGCACGAUAAGAGAAGCAGGUACGGGGGAUUCGGCGCGAUGGCAGGCCCUUACGGGGGCUACUAUGAGAGCGCAGCGAUGGUCAGCGGCAUGGGGUUCCCGCCCGUCCGCACUUACCCCGAGGAGUGGCGGGGUUAUGGCCAAUCUGACUAUCAAUACGACGAGCGAGAUUACGAGCGCGAGGUCUAUCGGAGAGACUAUGAUCGACGCGCACCUCCAACGUAAACUCAAAGAAGCACAUCGUUCCCACCCGUGUAUAUUACCCCGAAGCGUAGCGUGGUUACGGCCAAUCUGACUAUUAAUACGACGAGCGGGAUUACGAAUCGAUGUCUAUCGAAAAGUCUGUAAAUCGUUGCGCUCAUCCAACGUAAAUUCUCAAAGAAGAAUAUCGUUCCGGACCGUGAACACUUACCCCGAAUAGUGGCGCGGUUACGGCCAAUUUCUAUUAUUACGACGAGCGCGAGGUCUAUCAGAGACUAUGAUCGAAGAAAUCCCCCCAACCUAAACUCUCGAAGAAAACACUGUACAUACUUGUAAUUUUAUUGUAAAUAAUUGUUAGGAGAUCUCUUUCCGUGAACACUGAUCUUAAUAAAGAAAAUAUAAAGUGUAAGUGACAAAAUAGUGCUGUGUUUUUAUCUAUGUGAUAAGCUAAGCGCAUCGAUUCAAAUAGACUUAUGUAGUGACUGUGUUUUUUAAGUGAGAUUGUAUAGAAAUUUAUUUAUUACCAAAUCUGUCGAUUGAUUGUUAGUGUACAGAUUUUUAGACCAAACCAUUAAUUGUGUAUAUUGUUUCCAUAUGUUGCCCAUUUUACUGGUUCUAAAUAUUUUUUUUAUCUGUAAUCUGUAUUUCUAUUUAUUUGAUGCCUCAUUACAAUUUAUACAAUUUAACCACAUGUAAUUGACAGAACACAGGUGAUAAUAUUAUAAUAGAUUGUUAGUAGGUUUGCAUAUAAAUUCAAAAUCAUGUGCAAUUUCAAAAAUUGUGUAUAGCUUUAACGAGUGGGGCACAUAUAGUUUGUCAUUGCAUUUUGGCAGUGGGAGGAAAGAGUGUUUGAUUUGUGCAUUCAUUUCUGAUUCUAUGUGCAUUUCCGAGUCAUGUCAGGACUCGCACAGUCCUAUUUUUAUACAUUAUGUAAAGUCUUAUUCUCUGUUACAUGCGAUUGAAUGUAAUAAGAGUGGAUCGUCUUAAAUGGUUUAAGCCAUAAUAAUAAACAUAUUAAAGUUGG